AUGCCUUCAACGUCUACCAUCAACAUGUUCGAGGACAACAUACUCAUUGAGAUCGAUGGUGUUGCCUCUACGUGGGAUACCUAUUGUCUUGGCCUAAAUAUAGUCACUCCUGGCUCCAAGCGAGUGAUUUUCCGGUUCAAAGAUAUCGGAAAGGCCAUUCGAGAGGGCUCAUCUGACUCCGGCCAUAUCACUAAUGAGGUGUCGAGCACACUCAAGGCUGACAACGUCAAGACAGAACCUGACUUAGUCGAGACUUGUGUAAAGUUCGAGGAGGACGACAAGGAUUCUAUAAAUUCUGUGAACGUGUCUCCAUGCAACCUACUCUCUCGACGCUGUGGUAAUCCAAAUGCAAGACCAACCGACCCAUUUGCACCAUGGCGCUACUCAGUACGGCCAUUUGAUCGGUCAAACAUUCCAUCGGAGGCUGCUAAAAGGAAGGCACUGCAUCAAGACAUCAAGGACUAUGCAUGCAAGCGUCGUAAAUUAUGAUCUGUCCACUAUCACUUCAAAUUGUUCGCUCAUUUUCCCGUAGUCACUCAUUCCUUUUGCAGUCAUUUGUAUCAACCACCGUUUGCUAUCACCUGCUCUCGUACUACAGAUACCUUUCAUGUUGCUCACAGUACCUCUUUCUUCUUGCACUGUACCACUAUUUUAC